AUGGCGCCCGUGGAAUAUUUGCAACAUGGCCUGGACCCCUGUGGGGUCUUCUCUGAGGGGGGCAUGGGGGAUGUGGCCUUCGGUUUGGUCUGCUGUGAGGUUUUCCCUGAAGGGAGAGCGUGGCCAUGGGCUCGGCUGGCUCUGCUGCUUUCCUCGAAGGAGCGUGGCUGCAGGCUGGGCCCGACCGGGCUGACAUUCCCCUGGGCCAUCGGGUUGCUGAGCCCAGGCUGUGCCGCAGGAGAGGCAGCGGCGCUGGUGCUGGUGGCCGUGCUGUGGGGCAGCACUGGACCGUUCCUGCGGACGGGUGCAGCGGGGCUGGAGGAGGUGCGGCACCAGGGCCGCCUGCAGCAGCUGCUGGCAGAGAUCUGCUUCUUGGGCCUCAACUACAAGUACAUGGUGCCGUUUCUGCUCAAUCAAGGUGGAUCUCUCCUCUUCUACCUCACCUUGGCAUCCGCAGAUCUGUCCCUGGCAGUACCGCUCUGUAACUCCCUGGCUUUGGUAGUCACGCUGGUGACUGGGAGGCUUCUGGGAGAGGACAUUGGUGGUAAAAGGGCUGUGGUGGGAAUGCUGCUCACCAUCCUAGGAGUCACGCUCUGUGUAGCUGGUUCAUGAACAAGAUGCAGUGAGAAGCAGAGGAAGAGAACCUGUUCAAAGGUAACCCCCGUGGCUAAAGAGGGGGCUUCUGGCUCAGCAGCAGACCCUUUGGCUCAGUUGGACCUAGGAAGCUGUAUUUUGACACACAGAUGUCAAAAAAACUGGACCAUAUUCCCUGAGCACCAGGGUGGAACAAGACAUGUUGCAAGGACAUCCUAUUUAAUGUCUUGAUUUAAGGAAUUUUUUGUCUGUGGGUGUUUCAAGGCAAGGAUGAUUGAAUUGUCUUGGUCAGCACUGCAGGGAUAAUAAAUGGUUAAUAAAUC